GCCCCACCGGGCACAGCCUUCAAAUAGCGCCCUUGGGCUCCGUGCUGCGCAGCGCCCUGCGUCCCUGAGCCAUGGGUGGCAAGAAGGUUUGCAUCGUGGGCUCCGGCAAUUGGGGCUCGGCCAUCGCCAAGAUCGUGGGCAGCAAUGCGGCACGGCUGGGCACCUUCGAGAACACGGUGAACAUGUGGGUGCUGGAGGAGGAGGUGGGCGGCCGGCGGCUCACCGAGAUCAUCAACACGGAGCACGAGAACGUCAAGUACCUGCCAGGGCACAAACUGCCCCACAAUGUGGUGGCAGAGCCCGACCUAGUGAAAGCCUGCUCCGGGGCUGACAUCCUCCUGUUCGUGGUGCCCCAUCAGUUCAUCGGCAAAGUCUGCGACCAGAUCAAGGCCCACGUGAAGAAAGGUGCUAUCGGGAUGUCACUCAUCAAGGGGGUGGAUGAAGGACCGGAUGGGCUGAGGUUGAUCUCAGACAUCAUCCACGAGAAACUGGGAAUUGAGAUGAGUGUCCUCAUGGGGGCCAACAUUGCCAGUGAAGUGGCAGAGGAGAAGUUCUGCGAAACAACCAUCGGCUGUAAGAAUGCACAGUAUGGGCAGAUCCUGAAGGAGCUGAUGCAGACACCGAACUUUCGGGUCACAGUGGUGCAGGAAGCUGACACUGUAGAGAUCUGUGGUGCUCUGAAGAACAUUGUGGCUGUAGGGGCUGGUUUCUGCGAUGGACUUGGCUUUGGAGACAAUACAAAGGCUGCUGUUAUCCGUCUGGGGCUGAUGGAGAUGAUUAGCUUUGCCAAGAUCUUCUGCAAGGGCCCCGUCACCCCUUCCACCUUCCUGGAGAGCUGUGGGGUCGCUGAUCUCAUCACCACCUGCUAUGGUGGUCGCAACCGUAAAGUGGCCGAGGCUUUUGCCAAGACUGGGAAGUCUAUUGAGCAGCUGGAGAAGGAGAUGUUGAAUGGGCAGAAGCUGCAGGGUCCCCAGACGUCUGCUGAGCUGAAUCACAUCCUUAAAACCAAGAACAUGGUGGAUAAGUUCCCCCUCUUCACAGCUGUCUAUCAGAUCUGCUAUGAAGGCAAACCUGUUUCUGAUGUCAUCAAGUGUCUCCAGAACCACCCUGAGCACAUGUAAAUGGGCUCUGCCUGCAAAACAGAUCCUGUUGAGAGGAGGGAUGAGCUCCCACCUACACCACCUUGCUGCUGCUACAGCUUUGUGAGGAGUCCAGACUUCUGGGAGCCUUUGCAGAGCACUGCAAAGGCAGAGGUUCCCCUGUCUGAGCCUGGCAUCUGCAUGGAGGUACCUGCUGAUCUCCCUUUUUCUCUGAAGGGCUCAUUUAGCUUCUGCUGCUGCCUAGGUCCUGCCCUGAGCGGGGCUGAGUGUCUUCCUCCUUUCCCUUUCUUUUGCUUUGGUGGAUUCAGUUCUCAGAGAGACUGCUAGGUCGUUGUGAUCGAUCCAGGCUGUGCAGGAGGCACUGCCUGGCAGGUCAGGCUUUGCUAUUAGCCCCGUGGGGCCUCUUGGCAUGACACCAGCUCUUCCCUGCUUGCUGCUGUUGCUUUUGUCUUAACUGUCUUGCAGAGGGGCUGUGUCAGUUCCUUCCAGGCUCCACAAGAGACUGAAGCUCCCGAGGACUUUCAAAGGAGUUGAUCAUCACUCUUUUAAGAAGCACCAGCAUAUAAAAUAGCUCUUUGACCCCUGCCAUGUGCAGCUUCCUCAGUCACCACCAGCUGCUUCUGCUGCACAGCACAGCCAGCACUUUGCCUGUGUGAGGGCAGCUCCAGAGAGAGCCCUUGGACUCAAUGAUUUCACUUUUUGUUCUCACAGCUGACCCUGGCCUCUGACCCCUUUUGUCACUGAUCUGCCUGUGCUAAUUCUGUGCCUGCUGGCUGUCCCUGGCCAGCUCUCCUCCCUCGUAUCAGCUUGUUCUCUGGCUAGCUUUGGCAAUGCAGGGACCAACUGCCCCGAAGUCUUUCUGAGCAGCUGGCAGGCUGCGUAGCCCUUGGCAGUGUACCUGAUAAAGCAGUUGGGCUGUUGCUCUUAGAGGAAUGAUCCACAGCAGCUUUUUGCCUUCUCUCUGGCUUGUUCCACUAUGUGCCUUAGGCUGGCCUUUGCUUCUCUGUGUGCAUUUACAAGAGCUGAGAAAGCAGGUUCCAUGCUUUCCCUGCUCUUGUGAGACUGCCCACGGGCAGGACAAGGGGCAGCAAAGGACGUGAUCCACAACAGGUACAGAGAGCCCUCCAGCAGCACAGCAGGGGACAGAGGUCUCAUGCCUUGUGCUGUGCUUUUGAAACUUGCCCCUUGUCCAGCUGGCUGCCAUGUGCCCCUCAGACACUGACUGUGACUUGCUGCUGCUGUCGCUCAGGGCACCGUGUCCAGUGGCUCGCUGUUCCCAUCUGGGGCAGGCUGGAGCUGUUGCAGGUCUUGCUGAAUGCCCUCAGGCCAGGUCCCAGUGCUCCAGGUUCUCUGACUGGCAGUGAACUUCAUGAAUGUGUAAAAUCAUAAUAAAUUUGGAGAGGGAAGGGGAGGCUGUUCAUUCUGUGGUUCUGGUGCAGCGUUGUCUUUGGGUUGGUGCCUGCUGCUCUUGCUAAUGGUGCAGAUGAGGGCAGUGUCAAUUCCUUCCUGGGGAUGCAGCUUUGUGUGCUGUUCCAGAUGUGAGUAAUAACACACGGCAGGACAGUGCUGAGUGAGAACACAGCACAGCAUCUCACUUGAUUUUUUUCAGCAGCAGUUCCAGCACUAAGUCUUAGCUGAGGGCUGCAGAGUGUUGAGAUUGCACUGCUGAGCAGGGUACAGAAUCCCAAUCCUACCUGGGGCCUGCAGGAACCAGGUCAGGAUUCCGCUGUGCUGCCUGUACCCCAGCCCUCCCCUUCUUUGCUGUUUCAGUUCCUUGGGACAUUCUGUGCUGUUUUAUUCAUCUCUCCCCAGCUUCUCUUCCCUGCCUAGUCACUGUCUUUCUCUGAAAUGCAUCUCACACUGAGUGACCUUUCCAGGCCCGUUAGCUCUCCACUCACCCUCUUGCUAGGGGAAUUUAAUCUGCUGGCACUGCAGUUGUUUCUGUGCCUUUUAUUAGACACGCGUUCUUGGUGGCACCCUACGACCUUUAAAUUCAACUGAGCUGAAAAGCACACAAAGUAGCCAGCUCUGGCUUUCUCUGAUGAAGAACUUUUUUUAGCAAGGUUGAAGGGAGGAUAAAGGAAGUCCAGUGUCUCCUUGCAGGGCUGGCACGACAUCUGCUCCCCUUUGUCUUGAUGGAAUCCCACUUGCGGCUCAUUCAGUGUGGCUGAGCUCUCCUCCCUUAAAACACUGCAGCUUCUCACCUCAGUUUGCUGUUGUCAGCACCUGCAGCAGGAUUGCAGAGCUUUGUUCUGGACUGGAAUUCAGCUGUUAACUCAUCUGUUGUGGAGGUGCAUCACUCUGAGCGGGCGUUUCUCCACCACUGCGCCAUUCCUGCAGGCCUUGAAGGCCCCAGCUCUCACCUGGGGGUGCUCCAUGUCCCCCGCUUUCCAGCAACCCACAUCUCACACCAGUGUUGGAGUUCACAAGCUAUAAAAAGUCUUCCCUUU